UCCGACGUCCUGUUUUAAAAUCCGUGUGGGAGAUUACAACAGUGUGUGUAUGUAUUUUAUUCUGACAUCCUCAUCAUCCUGAGGUGUUAACGCCGAUCAUGCUUAUGUGGGACCGUCACAAUGCUCGUCCCCGGCCCAGGCUGAUGUCCACGAAUAAUCGUCAAUCUCAGCCCGUACCGCUGAGGACGCGGACAAGGGUCGGGCUUCUGGGACGAGGGGAACUGUCACACUCUUUCCACGAGGGGAGACCAAGACUUAGAAGGAGUCCGUCCGGCACAACCCGAUUACUCCGUGUCCGAGUUAUAGCUGGAGUAAAUCUCGCCAAGAAAGAUAUAUUUGGAGCUAGUGACCCGUAUGUGAAGAUUGUAUUAUACCGAGGAGAUAGAGAUGAAGGGAUAAUCGACAGUGUAUCCACAAAAACAAUCAAAAAGUCACUAAAUCCAAAAUGGGCUGAAGAAUUCAUAUUUAGGGUUAACCCAAGAGACAACCGGCUACUGUUUGAGGUGUUUGAUUCCAACAGAGUGACACGUGAUGACUUCCUGGGGCUGGUGGAGAUUCCCCUGGACCAUACUGCUGUUCUCACAGAAAGGCCUGGCCGCCAUGUGCCCAACAAAGACUACAUCCUCAGACCUCGCAGUGUCAGAUCUCGGGUAAGAGGUCACUUGCGACUGUACCUAGCAUUCAUUGCCGAGGAUGCUGAUAAUGAGGUUGUAGAAGAGGACACCGCAUCUGUCUCAACAGUUGUGGAAGAGCCUGGCUGGGAGAUGGUGGAUAUGCAGAAUUCUCUAAAUGAAUCGGGUGCCUCGGGACCCACCCAGCAGGAGAGCACAGAGCCCUUACCCGCAGGGUGGGAGGAGAGGAUCGAUGCGAACGGCAGGGUGUACUUCAUUGACCACGCUACUAGAACCACCCAAUGGCAUCGACCAAGGCAAGAAAGCUCUAGUCAGUCAAGUAGUCCUUCUACCAGCAGUUUGCCUGCGGGGUGGGAGGAAAGGCUCGAUGCUAACGGCAGAACUUAUUUCCUAGAUCAUACCACCAGAACCAGUACAUGGACCCGCCCCACCAGCGUGUCAGGCCAGUCUGUGACGGACAUUCAGAGACAACGCAGUCUGGAAGCGGCCCAGAUGUACCGUCAGCGGCGCCAUAUCAGUCAGGAAGACACAAUAAGCAUCCAUAGCGAGGUGGAGGCGGACGGGAUGUCACGAGCCUCGGAGUCCCCCACAGAGCGCUCUCAGACACCCCCACCCUCACAGAGACGGCAGCCACCUCCACGACCUCCCCCACCUCGUUUACAGCGGAGCACAACCUCGGUGCAGGAGGGGAACGAGAAUGGAGGUGAUGAACCACUGCCAGCAGGCUGGGCCAUGUCUGUGGCACCUAAUGGGAGGGUGUUCUACAUCAACCAUAAUGAGAGAAUAACCAGCUGGGACGAUCCUCGUCAGAACCGUCGCUCAAACUCAAUGAGGAGUCUGGAGGUGCCUAACCCUAUUUGGAGGAGCUCGUCUAAUGAGGACUUACUACGGGACUUAGGACCCCUUCCACCUGGUUGGGAAGAAAGAACACAUUCAGAUGGCAGAGUGUUUUACAUAGAUCACAAUACACAUCACACUCAGUGGGAGGACCCUAGACUACAGAAGUUCUCAGGACCAGCUGUACCAUAUUCUAGAGACUACAAAAGAAAAUAUGACUACUUUAGAUCAAAACUUAGGAAACCAGCAAACAUACCAAAUAAAAUAGACAUCAAAGUAACACGUCGAAAUGUAUUAGAGGAUUCCUUCCGUGUGAUCAUGAAUGUCAAGAAAACAGAUCUCCUGAAAACUAGACUGUGGAUUGAGUUUGAUGGAGAAGUGGGGUUGGAUUACGGUGGGGUUGCUAGGGAAUGGUUUUAUCUUCUGUCCAAGGAGAUGUUCAACCCGUACUAUGGCCUCUUUGAGUAUUCUGCCACGGACAACUACACACUGCAGAUCAACCCAUUGUCUGGUUUAGCCAAUGAGGAGCAUCUGGCCUACUUUGAAUUUAUUGGUCGGGUGGCAGGGAUGGCUGUGUUUCAUGGCAAACUUCUGGAUGCAUUUUUCAUCCGACCUUUCUACAAGAUGAUGUUAUCCAAGCCCAUAAACCUGACCGACAUGGAGUCAGUGGACUCUGAAUAUUACAAUUCGCUGAUCUGGAUCCUGGAGAAUGACCCAGAAGACUUGGAUCUCCGAUUUUCUGUGGAGGAGGAAAUCUUUGGAGAGAUCCAGGAGCGACCGUUGAAGCCUGGUGGCAGUGACAUUGCUGUAACAAAAGACAACAAGAAGGAGUAUAUAGAACUUGUGAUCAAAUGGCGAUUUGUCUCUCGAGUGGAAAUUCAGAUGACGGCUUUCAUGAAAGGCUUCAGCGCUCUUGUGCCACAGGACAUGCUGAGGAUAUUUGAUGAGAAUGAGGUGGAGUUGGUGAUGUGUGGCUUACAGGACAUAGAUGUGAAUGACUGGAAGAGGAACACGGCUUACAAGGGUGACUACAACCCUAACCACCCAGUCAUCAUCAAUUACUGGCGGGCUGUGUUUUCAUUCAACAAUGAGGUGCGAUCGCGUCUGCUGCAAUUUGUAACAGGCACUUCGCGGGUACCGAUGAACGGUUUUGCCGAGCUGUAUGGCAGCAAUGGUCCCCAGCUGUACACUAUAGAGAAGUGGGGAAACACUGCGCAGCUCCCCAGGGCUCACACCUGUUUUAACCGUCUGGACCUUCCGCCGUAUGACUCUUACCAUGAGCUGAGGAAGCGACUGAUGAUGGCCAUAGAGAACACACAGGGCUUUGAAGGGGUGGAUUGAUGACAAGGGAUGUCACUCAGAACUGGUCAACCCUCAUUUGCAGGUCAAGUGGGGGCCCCACUAGACCCCUCUACAAACUGUACCAAACAGACAGUGUACACCUUGAGCUUGACACAUCAACACCCAAUGUUUGGGUGGUCCAUAGAAGCCCAUUUUACUAUGAUGAGAUGGCAAGGUUCAAUACCUUAUUGUAUCGAUUCAUUUUUACAGAAUCAAAGCUGGUGUCUGGAUUGGAUUGUUAGGAAGUAUGUUUAUGUCUGUCCCCCCCCCCCCCCCCAACUUCCUAAUGUUCAAAUUCCAUGCUGAUAUCUACGAUAACAUAUACAAAUGUAUGUAUGUUUAUACGUCUCUUAAUUGACCAGCCUAUUCUACAUGGACAUUGUAUAUCCAUACAACCAUCUUAAUGUUCUCAUGGUGUAUUUAUUUACUUUUAUCCCAGAGAAAGAUAUUUAUAGAGCCCUGUUUGCAGUAAAUAUUGUGUUGUAUGAUUAUUUUUCUUUUUUUUUUUUUUUUAUGUGUAGAAUUUUAUUUUACAAUUAUAAUUAUAGUUGACCACAAGCAACUUAUCGUAGAUACAUGACUGUAUCAUUCUGGGCUACAUUUUAGAGACAUUUUAUUUUCACUCCGGCCAUGUUUACAGCGCCCUUAGUAAGAAGUGUAUGCAAUAAAUCCAUAUGCUUUAACCCUGCUCUCACUGACUUCUCUGUGAAGACAUUUAUUCAGAAUUCAUAGCCACCCCCUUUCUUCAAACAUAACGUUAAACAAAAUUCAAUGAAAGUAUCAAGUAUUAAAUGAUAACAUAUAUAUUAGUGCAGUCCACAAUGUUUUUUUUUUUUCAGAUACAGUUAUUAGUUUUAAUAUGGUGUGAAAGUGUAGUUUUCAAAUGUAUUUGAAUUAACAAGGAAGUAUGUGCUGUAUGUUCCCAGAAACCUGAUCUUGGUCAUUUCAGUGGAAACUACAGCUUUAAACAGAAGUAAAAUAAAUGAAUAAACAGUAGUCAUGGCAACUAUAAAGGUUUAACGAGCCACUGCCAGUUUUUAAGAAUCUUGUUUCUGUCAUCAAAGCUUUGGCAACUGUCCAGUGGAGUGGGCCCUGUGUGGAUCUAAAUCUUACCUUUUUAUGCUGCUUCAGAUAUCGCUAAAUCAGAGACAAAAUCAAAUCCACGGCUUAAUUGACAGUCCUACAGGCAACUUUUUGACUGCUUUUGUUGGCAGUUCCUACGUAUGGUUGCAGUAGCAUACUGGUACAAAUUUCUCAGCAUGAAGGACUUACUAAAUCUACUGUUCAACAUUUUAGAAUUGUUGCAAUUAAACCAUUACAAUAGUAAGAGGAUGAUUUGCUUUGUUGGCGUUUUGAACAGCUAUAUAAAUGUUAAUUAGUAUUUUAGAUCCAGGGCGCAAUAAUAGUAUUACAUUAUUGUCACAUUCCAAGAUAUCAAGAGUUUUGAAUAAUGGCGAACUUUUUAUGUGUGGCCUUUGUUGCAAGCUCAUGGAAGUAUCAUUUUGAUUAAAAUGAAGUCAUGGGAAUAGCCACUGAUUUUUGAGUAUAUUUGACCUAAAAUUUUGCACAUCAAUUAAGUUACUCAUUUUGCCUGAUUCCAGUCCAGUUGAUAUUUGACAGACGUUUUGAGGUUUGUUUGAUAGGUAGCAUUAAGCUUCGGCACUAAAAUAAUACUUUAUAUGCUCCCGAAAAAUGUACUUUUUGGGCGGACAAGUUUUUUUAGAUAAAUACAGUAAUUCUGUGAUUCAUUUGUCAAGUAAAUAGAGAUUGGUGAACAUCUUGUGUACCGAUAUGUAAAGUAUAUGUAUGCAAAUCAGACCAUGUACCCAGUGAUAGAGGAGCGUGGUACCUUGACCAGCAUUUAAAACAACUUGGACAAUCCAGAGUAAGGAUGAAUGACUAAGGGCUUUUUCCACAAGAGAGAAAUCAGAUGUUUAAUUCUGAUGUGUAAGGAAUUCAUGUAGUCCAUGACCCCAUGGUGUCAAAUCAUGAUUUGUCUUUGUCUAUCAUUUGUCAGCUAUCCUCAGUGUCAACUUUGGUUCAGAAAAGGAAGACUUUUCAAAGUGCAAAUGUUGUGUGGAUUGACAUAAAAACAAGACGCACUUCAGCUUGAUGGAUAAUUGAAAAAGUACAAAUUUUGGUAUGAUUCAGAAACAGUUUACAGGAAGAGAUUGACAUGAUGUGUAUUGGAGUGUUUGCUUAAACAAGGUGAAUACCAUUGAAAGAUGGGAUAGGAAAGACAAUGCUGUUGUAAACUUCAUAAAUCAUUGUUAAUUUUUUAAACAUAAUGCUGUUAAUAGGCAUGCUGGCUGGAAUUCCCAUUUUACCCCUCUCUGUGAUGCACAUUAUGUAACCCUCGCACAAAAAGAGUCAAAAUGUGAUUGAUAGGUCAGGUUCAAACAACCUUCAAACAAAGUCACUUGUCAUUUUAUAGGCGUCUCAUGUAGAUGAUUUGAACAUUUUAUUAUCAGUGUCUGUGUUGUUUUUGUUAAAUACAAUUUGAAAGCUGUGUGAUAUUUCGGGCAUUAUUGUCAUUGUACAAAUGUUUUAAUGAGUGUGCCAGUCUAUCUCCUCCCCCACCCCCUCCCACC